AUGGCGAACAGAUCUUUCUUUCCGGUUAUGCACAAUGGUAAGUUUUAUUUUAAGUUAUAGCGUUUUUAAUUUUAGGUGCUUUGUAAAAGAAUAUUCAUCUUGGUUAAGCUUGAAAUAGGGAAAACGGUUUUUUGUUGAUUCUUUAUCCGAAAUCGUACCUUAACUGUACAAUUUAAAUUUAGGUAUUCAAUUUUUAGGUUCUCAGCCACUUCCUCAGCAGUUUGGGUAUCAGAUGCCAUCGAAUGCGUUAAGGAUUGAUCCAAAUAGAAGCGUAAGUGCAAUUGCAUCUCAACCUAUAGUCCCAGUUAAUGGUAAUGUCGAGGAGUUCGAGUGGAUCGAGUACUUGAACGAGGCCGGCAAGAGUUACUAUUACAAUCGGUUGACAAAGGUCACUACAUGGGACAAACCACCAAAGUUCAAGCCGGCAAACAAACCGAAACCGCUUAAUGUAAGUUUCUGUUGUAAGGUUAGCGUUUCUUGGAGUUUUUGAAAGAUUUUUUAGUUUGUUUUAGGUAUAUUUUAUAUUUUUACUUCUAUGUUUUCAAAUCGUGUUUUUCAGGUUGCUCCUGUCACCGCUCUAUGGAAGGAGUACAAGAACGCUCAAGGGAUUAGUUAUUAUCACAAUACUAAAACUAAUGAGACCACGUGGACAAAACCCGAUGGGUUUUUAGGUAACAAUAUGUUUUAGUUUUUUCAUGUUUAAGACAAACUGAAAUGACAAAACAGUAUGCAAAACAUUAUUUGUUGUUUCUUAAACUAAUAUCCAUAUAUAUUAUAGGUGAUAAUGCUUCUACAUCUGCAGAAACGGUGGCUAACGUUAGUAAAACGGCGCCUGCGGUAAUUCAACAAUCAGCGCAGGCUACUCCUGCUACUGAUAUUGACAAAGCUAUGGAGGCGACCUUGAAACAACUUGUACCACCAAACUCUAAUGAUCUUGUACCGGUCGAAACGACAGAUCCGGUUGCUAUGAAGCAAAGGGCUUUUGAACGGUUUAAGGAGAUGCUGGUAGAUAAGGUAAAUAUUUAUGAGUUUAAUUUGGAUAUUUCUUGAUUCAAUAUUUAUUAAUUUUAUUCAAUGAUUGUAGUACUUUACUUUUUAGUAUCAAAGUAAAAAGAUCAACACUAAUCAAUCUUGGGAUCAGGCCGUCAGAUAUAUUCAACAUGAUCCUCGUUUUGAUCUUGUCAACAAAAUCAGCGAAAAGAAGAGAGUUUUUAACGAAUGGAAGGCUCAACAACAAAAAGAUGACAGAGUAAGUUCAAACAAUGUUUAUAUUAUCUUAAUUGUUUAGGAUUCCCGGAGGUUGGCAACUCGUAAAGCAAAGGAAGAUCUCGAAGCUUUCUUGUUGUCUUCUGGUAAAUGCAGACCUACAUUAACAUACCAGAAGGCCAAAAAGCUGUUCAGAGAUGAGGAGGUAUGGAAGAAAGUGACGGAAUCUGACAGACAAGAUAUCCUCAAAGAUACGAUGGCUGUUUUGAAGAAACAACACGACGAGAAGGUGAAGCAGCAAAGGGAAAAGUGUCAGAAUAUGUUGAACGAACUUUUGGAUACUUUGCCUGAGAUAACUUAUAGGACUACUUGGGCUCAAACUCAACGAAUUCUGGCGGCCAAUGAGUUUUAUUUGGAAAACGAUGAUCUCAAAGAAAUGGACAAGUUGGAUGCGUUGGAGAUCUUCAUAGAGUACAUCAGAAGGGCUGAGAAGGAGCACCUCAAGGAGAGAGAGUAUGAAGAAAAGAUGAGGAAAAGAGAGUCCAGAAAGGGCAGGGACGCUUUCUAUAACUUCCUAGUUGAACUCAACAAACAAGGUAAGGAACAUACUGGUUUUUAUAUUGUAAACUUAUUUUGAUACCAAGGAUUUAAUAGUAAAUUAAUGUGUUUAGGUAUCAUAAAAGCAAAUAGCACAUGGCAGUCGGUUUACCCUAAAAUACGGGGAGAUCUCCGGUUUACAUCAAUGUUGACAAACACUGGUUCUACUCCAUUGGAUAUUUUCAAAUUCUUUGUGGAAGAUCUAAAAUCAGAAUUGGCAAAAGAAAAGAAGAAGAUCAAACAGAUACUCGAAAGUACGGGUCAUACUGUCAACAUGGAGACCACUUUCGAAGAAUUCGAACAGUGGAUUCGAUCUGAAGACGAAUACAAAAAGAUUUGUCCGACAAAUUUGAGGAUUGUCUUUGAUCAACUGGUCGAUAAGGCAGUGAACAUGUCUACUCCAGAAGACAACGGCCACGAAAAGAAGUCUUCCGGGGUACGUUUAGUUUGCGCAAAAUAAUUUUUGUUAUUUAUGGAUAUCAGUGGCUUUAUCUUUUAUUACUUAUAUAUUUUAGGAAAAAAACGCUGAAAUUCCUUUGACAAUCUUCGAGAACUUGGCUCUUAGAAUUACAGAAAAGUCGAGGUGGGAGGAUUGUAAAGAAGCAGUAAUGGCUGAAAUAGCCUUGUCUGAUUAUGAUGAAAGUGCUGUUGAGACAUCAUUCAGAGAGUAUGUCAAAAACUUGCGUGAACAGAGAAGAAAUGGAAAAGAUGUUAGUGAAGGAGAAGUCAGUGAUGAUGAUGAAGAUGAGCCUAAAAAGGUGACUCCUGAGAAGAAGGUUGAGAAAGAACCAGUAAAGGCAAACGUAUCGAGGUCUCGGUCUAGGUCAGUUUCUCAUGAAAAAGAGCGGUCCAAGAAGUCGAAGAAAGAAAAGAAGGCCAAAAAGAGCAAAAAGAAGAAGGAUAAGAAGCACAAAGCUUCUAAGUACGAGGAAAUUGUAAGUUUUAUGUUAUUUGUAAAUUGUGACAUUGUAUAUGAAUUCACUUUUUUUAUAUAUUAAUUUACGUUGUUUUCAGUCGUCAGACGAAGAUACGCGACCAUCGUCACGAAGAAGGAAACGUUCAGGUUCAGAAGGAAGCGAACGCGUCAAAUCCAAUAAGUCACGAAAAGACAAGGUAGAUGAUGACUGA